UUCAACACACCACAUUUUCAACCUCAUUUUCCAGGUCUGUAAAUCGCGGAUAUUGAUACCGUGGGUUGCUGCUUCACAUAUAUCUUUUGAAAUUGAUUUAUGUAGUCUUGAUUCUUGCUGUACCAGUCAGCACCGCUAUAGAUGCAGAGUUGCAUGGGCACGUGAACCAAGUUGGCGAAAUUUCUGUCUGGAGAAUUCCCCCGUUCAGUUCUGACGCAUUGCCCGCUUUGCAGGCUCCUCGGUGUGCUCUUGGCGGCAGAACCUCGCCCAUGAGUCCACACUGACCUCUAAUUGUCACCAUCAAGGAAGGAGAAGGAUAUUUGAAUUAUUUCAUGUUUUUCACUCGACGUCAUGGCUAAGAAGGAUAAGAAGGGCGCCGACAAGAAGGCCAAGCUCGCCGAGAAGAAGGCGAAGCAGGAGAAGAAGGCCGACAAAAAGGCAAAGAACAAGGCGUCCAAGCUCGACGACAGCGACGCAGAGGAUGUCGACCUGGACGAGGUCCUGGCCGAAUACCAGAGACAGCAGGAGCUGUUCCUCAAGGUCACCGAGGUCGUCGCCGACGGCCCGCCCAAGCCCAGGGCCGCGUCGUGCUUCCUCGCCUCGCCCAGCAACUCCAAAGAGCUCCUGCUCUUUGGCGGCGAGUACUUCAAUGGAGCCCUGGCCACUUUCUUCAACGACCUGCACAUCUACAACAUCGACAAGGACGUCUGGAAGACGGUGACGUCCCCCAACGCGCCGCUGCCGAGGUCCGGGCACGCCUGGUGCCGAGGUGGCAACCAGAGCCAGUACGUCUACCUUUUCGGCGGCGAGUUCAGCAGCCCCAAGCAGGGGACCUUCUACCACUACAACGACUUCUGGAGGCUGGAGCCCAACGCGCGCGAGUGGACGCGGGUCGAGUUCAAGGGCAAGUCGCCGCCCGCCCGGAGCGGCCACCGCAUGACCUACUACAAGCAGUACAUCGUGCUCUUCGGCGGGUUCCAGGACACCUCCAACGCCACCAAGUACCUGGCGGACCUGUGGCUGUACGACACGGUCAACUUCUCCUGGAUCUCCCCCGUGCUGCCGCCCGCCCAGCUCAAGCCCGACGCCAGGUCCAGCUUCACCCUGCUCCCCCACGAGCAGGGCGCCGUGCUGUUUGGCGGGUACUCGCGCGUCAAGGCCACCGCGGCCGCCAGCAAGGGUGGCAAGGCCGGAGCCCAGGGCCAGCGCAACGUGCUGAAGCCCAUGGUUCACCAGGACUGCUUCUUCCUGCGCAUCACGCCUCCCGCCGCGGAAGCGCCCCCCAACACGCCGCCUACAGUGCGGUGGGAGCGCCGGAAGAGGCCCGCCAACGCGCCGGAGCCCAAGCGCGCCGGGGCCACCAUGGCGUAUCACAAGGGCCGCGGUAUCAUGUUCGGCGGCGUGCAUGACGUUGAGGAGAGCGAGGAGGGCAUGGACAGUGAGUUCUUCAACGGGCUGUUUGCGUGGAACGUCGAGCGUAACCGCUUCUUCCCGCUCGCGCUGCGCAAGCCGCGGCAGCAGAAGAAGGGUGGCGGUGGCGGCGGCGAGGAGAGGGUAGGCCGGAGGGGCCGGGCUGCGGCUAAGGAGGAGGAGCUGCUGAAGCAGCUCGCGGCGCUGGAGACGGGCAAGUCUCUCGAGGACGCGGGCGACAUGGAGCUGGACGACGGCAAGAAGGAGGGCGGCGGCGACAGCAGCGAGGGGGAGGCACCGGCACGCGAGAUGCCUGUGUCACAUGAGCUGCCGCACCCGCGGUUCAAUGCCCAGCUCACCGUGCAGGACGAUGUGCUCUACAUCUACGGUGGGACGUUCGAGAAGGGGGACCGCGAGUUCACGUUUGACGACUUGUACGCCAUUGACCUCGGCAAGAUGGACGGUUGCAAGGAGAUCUUCAACAGGAAGUCGGAGGAGGACUGGGUCGAGUCAGAGGACGAGGAAGACGACGAGGAUGAAGAUGAAGACGAGGAAAUGGACGAUGACGAGGGAGAUGAAGACGUGGAGAUGGCCGACGAGGGCAGCGCCAAGUUCACGGAAAGCAAGCGCAAGAAGAAGCAGCAGCAACAACAGGACGAGGCAUCCAACGCCGGAACGGACUCGACGGCCCCGUCGACAGCAGCCGAGGAGGAAGAGUCCGAGGCAGACACAGCCGCAACUUCGGUGGACGAUGGGCUGCCGCACCCGCGGCCGUUCGAAUCCAGGCGCGACUUCUUCCAGCGGACGUCGGCCGAGUGGCAGGAGGUGCUGAUGACGAGCCUCAGGUGGAAGGGCAUCCAGCCCGAGAGCCUGACGGUCAAGGAGAUCAAGGCCAAGGCGUUCGAGCUGAGCGAGGAGAAGUGGUGGGACUGCCGCGAGGAGAUCACCGCCCUUGAGGACGAGCAGGAGGCCGCGGGUAUCGGCGAGGUCGUCUCGCUGGCCGACAAAGGCGAGACCGGGGCUGGUGGUGGCGGCGGUGGUGCUGGGAGACGGCGUUAAGAGUCUACCUCACUGGGCCCUUUGGUUGGCCCAUAUUACGUGCACUCACUGUCUUGUUGCGCUUCCAUGAUAUAUACAUACAUUGACUGUGGGAGCAGAGGCAACGCAUUGUGUGAAUGGAGUUGGCCGCAGCAUUCAAGAGAAACAUAAUUGUGCACACUUUCUGACUUGACGGCUACAGAUCGAUCAGCCGGAUAUGUUGACCAUAGUCUGGCCUGUUGGAAACCAAGAUAUUAUAUCGCACUCACUUACAACUGAAUGGCCUUUGGGCUGCUGUGAGAAGCAACACCAAGAUUGUGCGAGCCCCCG